CACAGUGCGUCUGUUUCCCGUGAGGACAGGCGUCCCGGGUGCGUGUCCAACUGUUUGGACAAAACGCCGAGCGCGUCUAACAUGUGGACCUGGGACGCGUGCAACAGAGAGCCCUGAACGCCAGGAGAAGCCGACACCGCGCAGAAAUGGGACUUCUCGUGCUUUUCAGAUGGCUCGUGUUCACGUUGGCGGUGCCCGCCUGGCUGCUUGCUGCUCCGAGUGGCAUCCGCGAGCGUCCCUGCCCCCUGAGCUGCAGAUGUGAUGGCAAAAUAAUAUACUGUGAGUCCAAUGCCUUCCGUGACGUGCCGAACAACGUGUCUGCGGGCACACAGGGCCUCUCCCUGCGUUACAACAGCCUGGCGAGCCUCAGAGCCCACCAGUUUGCAGGCCUGAGUCAGCUGGUGUGGCUCUACCUCGACCACAACUACAUCAGCGCUGUGGACGGCCAGGCUUUCCAUGGGAUACGCAGGCUCAAAGAACUGAUUCUGAGCUCCAAUAAGAUCACGCACCUGAAAAACAACACUUUCCACGAUGUUCCGAAUUUACGCAACCUCGACCUUUCCUACAAUAAACUGCAGGCUCUCCAGCCCAAUCAGUUUGUGGGUCUAAGGAAGCUCCUCAGUUUACACUUGAGGUCAAACUCCUUAAAAACUGUCCCGAUGCGAGUUUUCCUCGACUGUCGCAACCUGGAGUUUCUUGAUAUUGGCUACAACCGGCUGCGGAGCCUCACACGUAAUGCUUUCGCAGGACUCCUCAAGCUCGUCGAGCUUCAUCUCGAGCACAACCAGUUCUCAAAGAUAAACUUUGCCCAUUUUCCCCGCCUGACUAACCUGAGGGCGCUCUACCUGCAGUGGAACCGCAUCAGACUGCUAACCCAGGGCCUGCCGUGGAUGUGGACCUCAUUGCAAAAGCUGGACCUCUCAGGAAACGAGCUCCAAGUGUUGGACCCGAGCACAUUUCAAUGCCUCCCUAAUCUGCAGACCCUUAACCUGGACUCCAACAAACUCAGCAACGUGUCUCAGCAGACAGUGGAGGCUUGGAUCUCCCUCACCACCAUCAGCCUGGCUGGUAAUCUGUGGUACUGUAACCCCAACAUAUGUCCCCUGGUGGCCUGGCUCCAAGCCUUUAAGGGCAACAAGGAGUCAACAAUGAUUUGUGCCGGCCCUAAGGAGGCACAAGGGGAGAAAGUGACCGAUGUGGUGGAUACUUACAACGUCUGUACAGCAACUCCAACCCCCAUCCCCUCCACGACGUCGGCCCGCACUUCUGCGUUUCAGCCUGAGCUGCUGCCUCUUCCCACGCAGGCGGAGAAGGAGCCGAUGUGGAACAGGACAGCCUCCCCUACUCCAUCCGAGGCCUCCCCCACCGUCCCUUUGCCAGACGUCGAGUACGUGUCCUUCCACAAGAUCAUAGCUGGUAGCGUGGCCCUCCUCUUAUCUGUGGCCAUCAUUCUGCUGGUUAUCUAUGUCUCGUGGAAGCGCUAUCCCAGUAGUAUCAAACAGCUCCAGCAGCGCUCGGCGGUUAAAAAGCGGCAGAAAAAGGCGCGGGAGGCCGGCCGCUCCCUUAGUUCGCCGCUGCAAGAGUACUAUGUGGACUACAAGCCUUCACACUCAGAGACUAUGGAUGUGCUGGUUAAUGGGACAGGACCUUACACAUACACCAUCUCAGGCUCCAGGGAAUGCGAGGUAUGACCGUUGCCCUCCAAAAAUCCAUUUCCACUGCGAGGCAUGAGAGGUAAAUUUUCUAACAAUCUGCGGAGAAAAAUGUUUUCGUUUCUCCUGUGCUCUUGUCUGUCGUGGGAUCAGGAAGUAGAGGUCAGUGCACGGUGACUUGUUCUGCAAAGUACUCGGUUCCACAUGAUUACUCAGCCGUUGCUCUCAAGUUUUACUGCUAAAAUAUGAUUCCCGUUGGCUGAAAUCAUCCUGGCAGCUCCUCUCACACACACAGUCAGAUGCACCAUAAACAAAGUGAGUUCUCAUCCUUCAUCCCCGACAUGAAGGAGCUCGCUGCUGAAUCUGCGUAUCAUCAGCCAGUCUGUUACGUAGGCACAAAAUGGCUUGCGUGUCCACAAUGGGAUCACGAGAGCGUUUCAGAUCAGGUCGCUGUGCAGGUGGUCCUCUGCUGUCCUCAUGUGCGAGUCACGUGUGAGUCUUGAUAUUUGUUUGUAAAUUUCUGUAAAUAUUAAUAAUCACACCAGCUGAUCCCAUUUUCCAUUUCUGCCUCCAGCAAACAAGCACUUGAGAUUUUACUCAUUAGUUUAAUUAGCUGAGUUCAAACGCUCACCGCAGGCUGGAGAACAUGCAAAGGCCUGCAGCCAAAGAAAAGACAAACUGUGCAUUUGGGUUCACUUUCUGUGUGGCUUCUGAGUGCUGCUGCAGUAACAAACUGCGUUAUGCUAUUUCAGUUGUCUCAGAAAUGUAAAGAAACUGCAGGGCUGCACAAAGCUGGACGCUUUGCCGAGCUGAGAUUCUCAGAGGGCUGCUUCACAAGGACCGUGGGACACGGGGGGAUUGAGACACAGGGCCUUGACAGAAAGACUAAUCAAUUUGCUCGUGCGUGAUUGGGCACUUUUCUUUGCCUCCUAAUGCUGUGCAUCCGUCUUGCUUUGUCCAGCAGCUUUGUGUCACGUGGCAGGACGGUCGUGUGUGAUUAACAGGACGCGUUGUGUCGCGUCUCUUCGCGUCCCACCUGCCAGCUGACGUCUUUCCUCUCCGGUUGCUUCUGUGAGGGCAGCUCGGAGACGAAGCGUCAAAACAAGAUCCUGCAAGACGGAAUAAUGAGGAAGUUUGUCCAAGCGAUGACUUAACCGUCUCCGAGUUAGCUGCGCUGUGAUAUUCCAGUCCUGACGAUGACACUGAUGUGAAAUAAUAAAACACUGGCAGCGUAUGUCCGUAAUACUCUUGUGAUAAUAUUGUGUAAGCUGUCGUAUUAGUUCGCCUGGUUGUCUUUGCAUCCAUCAUUUAGAGGAACUUUGUGUACACUUGUGCUUACACUCUGAGUGUCAUUUGUUGAUCAGAAACAAACAGUAAACAAAGCUGAAGUUCAGUUUGAGCACAAACUGAAUGGUUUUCCUCACAUACUGCAGUUCUGAGGUACAUGUACUUCACUGGAGUAUUUCUGUUUUCUGCCCCUUAAGACUUCUUCUCCACUACAAUGCAGUUCACUUUUUACUCCACUACGCUGAAUGUAGACGUGUUCUGAUGGAUUAUAAUCGAUUACGUUAAAACUUUGUUGAUCCCUGAGGGGAAGUUCACACUCUGAAGACAAACUGUGUAAAUCUCCUUCACCGGCGUCAACACAUUAAUGCAUCAGCACUUUAUUCUCUUUACAUUUGGUACUGUUGUACUUGUAUGCAAGACUUUUACACAUAAGACAGUAUUUGUACGCUGUGGUGCUGACAGAAGAUCUGAGUCGUUCCUCCACUUGUGAAUUUGACAGAUUUUUUUUUACAGUGAAUUGUUUUGGUCGCAGUAAUCGUGUCGUGAUAAUUUGAUGUCGCGACAGCCGAGUUCAGAAUAGCGAAUAAAGAGAAGCUUCUCGUUUUAA